GUAGCCAUUACGGACACGUCAGCAAUAAGAAACUAGAGGAAAUAGUUGCAGAAUGCGACACGUCCUUGGCGACCAAAAAUUCUACAGCGUAUCCUUUCCCAUUUUCAAUUAUAACCGACAUUACUUCGUCUGGACGACAACUCGGCAUCGGAUCGCUGCACAAAAAUUCCUACUUCAUCGGACUUCCUUCCCAAUUCUCUACGAGAUUUCUGGUUUCCGUUUUCUAGGAUUCGAUCAGAUUUAAUUUAUCAUUUUUAUUACUGUACGAAAACUAUUCGAAUUUAUAUCCGUUUUCAAUCGUACAUAUAUUGUACUUACAAUAACACAUAUAAUCUAAGCAGCAAUGCAACGAUUUGUUGACAGCGUUAUUGCUGUAACCAAAGAGUCGGUAAAGACGAUCACUUAUGAAUCAUUGAACAAUGUUGUAAGGCUGAUAAAUGGAGUAUCAGCUAUAUUGCUGGCGAUCUUACCAGGGAAAACUUCUAUUCUUGAAGGCAUUCAUGGCUGGGAGCUUAGGCCGACUUUUCGUGGACCUCGGCUCCCACGUUGGAUGGAAAAUGGUGUAUCAUCCUUCAAUCAGUUCAUUCAUGAACUCUCCGUAGAUUCUGACACGUCCUCAAGUGUGGAUUAUUUAUCUGAAGAAGAUAGUGAUGAUGACAUUCAUCCAGGGUCUCCUUUAUCACAAAGUUCUAGACUCUCUAGGCGAAGCAGUUUUACCAACCACAAUAGAAGUUGGAUACAUUGGAUCAGAUGUAUUCUUUCAUGGCUUCUGUUCCCUUUGAAAUUACUUUUGGGCAUACCCCUUUAUUUCUUUACUUCGUCUUCUCGUAGGGCUUCUAAAGCCUCUGACUCAGGAAACCUCCUGUCUUCAAAUACAAAUUCUCCUAGAAGAUCGCAAACCCUCAAGGAUCAUAUUGUUCAACGAGCCACAGAUCGGAGACGAGGUGUUGUUGAGGAUCUGCAUCUAGCUAUUGAGAUCUUCAUAGAAUCCAUAUUUGAUUCUGUUCAUAAAGUAGCACAUUGUGUUCUAUCGCCAACAGACACCUUCAGAAGAUUGUUGAGAUGGCUUUCUCAUAACAGUGAUGGUCUUACAGACAUUACUGCUGAUUGUGUGGGCACCACUGUCUCCACAGCCGUUCUUUCAGAUAAUGACCCAACUCCUUACAAUUCCCUCAAUACAGAUGCUCGGACAUGUCGAGAUGUCAUAACAGAACUUGGGUACCCUUAUGAGGCUAUUCGAGUGGUUACUGCAGAUGGAUAUAUUCUUGUUUUGGAAAGGAUUCCAAGGCGUGAUGCACGAAAGGUUGUUUAUCUGCAACAUGGAAUAUUGGAUUCAUCUAUGGGUUGGGUGUCCAAUGGGAUUGUUGGUUCACCAGCUUUUGCAGCCUUUGAUCAAGGUUAUGAUGUUUUUCUUGGGAAUCUUCGUGGGCUGGUUUCCAGAGAACACAUUGACAAAAAUAUUUCAUCACGACAGUAUUGGCGUUACUCAAUUAAUGAGCAUGGAACGCAAGAUAUACCAGCAAUGAUAGAGAAGAUACAUGAAAUCAAAGUUUCUGAGUUGAAGUCUGGCCGACAUGAUCAGGAGGAAGGAAGUAGCAGUGAACAGCCUUAUGAACUUUGUACAAUUUGUCACAGCCUUGGAGGCGCCGCUAUUUUGAUAUAUGUCAUUACACGUCGGAUUGAGGAGAAGCCCCACAGGCUUUCAAGAAUGAUUUUACUAUCACCUGCUGGCUUUCAUGACGACUCUACAUUUGUGUUCACAAUGAUGGAGUACCUGUUUCUUUUGGUUGCUCCCGUCUUAGCUCCCUUCCUGCCUGCUUUCUACAUCCCCACUCGUUUUUUCCGUAUGCUGCUGAAUAAGUUGGCUCGUGACUUCCACAACUUACCCGCAGUUGGGGGAUUGGUACAGACCCUUAUGAGUUAUGUUGUUGGUGGGGACAGUUCAAACUGGGUCGGGGUAUUGGGGAUACCACACUAUAAUAUGAACGACAUGCCAGGUGUAGCAUUUCGUGUGGCACUUCAUCUGGCACAAAUGAAGCACUCGAAGAAGUUUAUCAUGUUCGAUUAUGGGAGUGCAGCUGCUAACUUGGAAGAGUACGGUUCUCCCGAGCCAUUGGACUUGGGGGAAUACUAUGGCUUUAUUGAUAUUCCUGUUGAUCUUGUUGCCGGGCGAAAGGACAAGGUCAUUCGGCCCUCUAUGGUGAGAAAGCAUUAUAAGUUGAUGAAAGAAGCUGGAGUGGAGGCUUCAUACAAUGAGUUUGAGUACGCGCACUUGGAUUUCACAUUCUCACAUCGUGAAGAAUUAUUGGCCUACGUUAUGUCACGUCUCCUACUGGUUGGACCUUCUUCAAAGCAGAUAUAUGGCCAGAAAUCCCUCAAGUUGAAAGGCAAAGAUGAACAAGCAAGGAAGAGCUAAAUGGAUCGGAAUAGCAGAAAAUGCCUGAAACCCGGGUUUUUAGGAGUUCUUCAGGUUACUUACUGUUUGUCAAGGGCUGUUUAUUGUUGUGUGUAGACAAAUACUUUAGUGUAUCUUGUGAUAUAGAGAUGAUGUGAGAAGUUAGUGUUGUUAGGAAAUAGUAAUUGCAAACUAAAGAAAAAUGUCCCAAAUGUGAAAAUGCUGUAUGUAUCUUCAAGCUCAAUUUUCGAUAGGUUCACCAAUGUGAUGCACGAAUAUUUUGCAUGUCAACUUGUGCUCUGUAAUUGUUUGAAUGGAAUUGUCAUCAUUGAUCGCAUUA